UCUUUGUAUUCAACAAUGGCUGGUGAAGUAGUGACAGAAGGAAGGCGAUCUGAUUUUUUCAAUCACUUGAAGAGUGCUGCUGACAGUCUCUCAGCUUUAGCAUGGAUUGCCUAUACAGGGAAAGAAUGUGGUAUGAGCAUGCCUAUUGCACAUGUCGAAGAAAGUUGGCAGAUGGCUGAAUUUUACAACAACAAGAUUCUUGUCGAGUAUAAAACCAAAGACCCAAAUCAUGUAGAGUGGGCCAAAGCUAUGAAGGAACUAUAUAUGCCUGGUUUGAGAGAAUAUGUUAAGAGUUUCUAUCCGUUGGGUCCAGUCUGGAGUCCAACCGGCACAGCUGUUACUGCUGCUCCAUCAAAACCAAAAGCUCCGGCACCAGGUGCACCUGCUCCUCCACCUCCACCAUCUGCUUCACUCUUCAGUUCUGAAACUUCUAAGGCUUCGUCAUCACGCCCGAAAGAAGGGAUGGUAGCUGUUUUCCAAGAGAUCAAUUCUGGCAAGCCUGUGACUUCAGGUCUGAGAAAGGUCACAGAUGAUAUGAAGACAAAGAAUCGUGCUGACAGAACUGGGGUUGUUGGUACCCAGGAGAAAGAAAGUCGUACUAGUGCACCUGCUGUUUCUAAAGUAGGACCUCCGAAGUUUGAGCUUCAAAUGGGUCGGAAGUGGGCUGUUGAAAAUCAGAUUGGAAAGAAGGAUUUGGUGAUUAGUGAAUGUGAUCCAAAACAGUCAAUAUAUAUUAGAACUAUAGUCAGUAUAGCGUUUGAGUUCUCAUGCCUUGUUCCUUUUUCUGAUCUUGUAUUCCCUCUUGGCAUGUUCCUACACAACAAAUGGUUGAAUAUAGCUAAACUCCUUAAGUCACUAGUCAGGUCAUUAAUCAAGUCACUGUCUGGGUAA